CUUCAGCGCCCCUCCCUCUCUACCCCCCAUCUACCACCGGCUUUUUUCUCCUUCUCACCCAUCACUUCCCCUGAAACUGACACCCCAUUACUCCAGUCCCCCCACUCUCAGCUUUCGUCUGCAGCCCUGUUUGCCCAAGGAUUUGCCUGAAGGCCGCCCUGAGGGCCACCGAGGAUCAUGACUAAGACAGAUCCUACCCCUAUGGCCCCUCCGCUCUUGGACAAGGAGGAAGAAGAGGAUGAGGAGGAUGAGGAGGUUCCCGAGGCCCCCAGUCCCACCCAGGAGCGCCGACAGAAGCCUGUUGUGCACCCCUCAGCACCUGCCCCCCUCCCCAAGGAUUACGCUUUCACCUUCUUCGACCCCAAUGACCCGGCGUGCCAGGAGAUUCUGUUUGACCCGCAGACCACCAUCCCCGAGCUGUUUGCCAUUGUGCGCCAGUGGGUGCCCCAAGUACAACACAAGAUUGAUGUCAUUGGCAAUGAGAUUCUGCGUCGAGGCUGCCAUGUGAAUGAUCGUGAUGGGCUGACCGACAUGACACUGCUCCAUUAUGCCUGCAAGGCUGGGGCCCAUGGAGUCGGGGACCCUGCUGCGGCAGUGCGCCUCUCACAGCAGCUGCUGGCGCUGGGCGCAGACGUGACCCUGCGCAGCCGCUGGACCAACAUGAACGCACUGCACUACGCAGCCUAUUUUGAUGUGCCCGACCUUGUGCGUGUGCUGCUGAAGGGUGCUCGGCCUCGAGUGGUGAACUCCACGUGCAGUGACUUCAACCAUGGCUCAGCCCUACACAUCGCUGCCUCUAACCUGUGCCUGGGUGCAGCCAAAUGUUUGCUGGAGCAUGGUGCCAACCCGGCGCUGCGGAACCGAAAGGGACAGGUGCCAGCGGAGGUGGUCCCAGACCCCAUGGACAUGACCCUGGACAAGGCAGAGGCAGCACUGGUGGCCAAGGAGCUACGAACACUGCUGGAGGAGGCCGUGCCACUCUCCUGCGCCCUCCCCAAGGUCACGCUACCCAACUACGACAAUGUUCCAGGCAAUCUCAUGCUCAGCACAUUGGGCCUGCGCCUGGGAGACCGCGUGCUGCUGGAUGGCCAGAAGACGGGCACACUGCGGUUCUGCGGGACCACGGAGUUCGCCAGCGGCCAGUGGGUGGGCGUGGAGCUGGACGAACCUGAGGGCAAGAAUGAUGGCAGUGUUGGUGGUGUCCGGUACUUCAUCUGCCCUCCCAAGCAGGGUCUCUUUGCAUCUGUGUCCAAGAUCUCCAAAGCAGCGGACGCACCCCCUUCAUCUGUCACCUCCACACCUCGCACUCCCCGGAUGGACUUCUCCCGUGUCACUGGCAAAGGCCGAAGGGAACACAAAGGCAAGAAGAAGCCCCCAUCAUCCCCAUCUCUGGGAAACCUGCAGCAGCGAGAGGGAGCCAAGGCUGUGGUUGGAGACCAAGUCCUUGUGGCAGGCCAGAAGCAAGGGGUUGUGCGCUUCUACGGGAAGACAGACUUUGCCCCAGGUUACUGGUAUGGAAUUGAGCUAGACCAGCCCACGGGCAAGCAUGAUGGCUCUGUCUUUGGUGUCCGGUACUUCACCUGCUCCCCAAAGCAUGGAGUCUUUGCACCAGCAUCCCGAAUCCAGAGGAUUGGUGGAUCCACUGAUCCCCCUGGGGACAAUGUCGGAGCCAAAAAAGUGCAUCAAGUGACAAUGACGCAGCCCAAACGCACCUUUACAACAGUCCGGACCCCAAAGGACAUCGCAUCAGAGAACUCAAUCUCCAGAUUGCUCUUCUGCUGCUGGUUUCCUUGGAUGCUGAGGGCAGAGAUGCAGUCUUAGAGGCCCUGGACACCUGACAAAGAGACAGUCCCUCUAGCAUCUCCUGACACAAGGAGCCCCCAGGUCACCCUGAGAUAGAUAUUCCCAAUAACACAUCCAGACUAGAGAUCCCCAUUAGCCAGCCCUUAUUAAUCACUGAGGCCCAUCAUUAACAGAUUCCCCCAUGAUAAAUGCCCAAAUACAGAUCCCAUGUUACCCAGAAAGAUUUCUUGAGUGUAGCUCCUUCAGGCUAGUCCCUAUCCUCAACCACUCAGAGCAGGACUCCCAAUAAUAGAUUUCCACAUCACCCCAAAUGGUGACCUUUUCCACAUAAUGCUCCACAGCAGAACAUUCCUCAGUCACUCAUCCCAGAACUCUCCCCCAUUAAAAAAGAACCCAUCAAAUCCCCUUGAAAUAAACACAGGUCAUGCCUCCAGAGCUGCAGUUACAGACCUUUAUGUCACUAUGCUACAUUUAACAUCAGUCCCCUCAAGAUGUGAUUCCCCAUAGUUACCCCCAAACCCUUAUAUUGCAAUCAGAGACCGCUCCCUCCAUUUACAAAGACCCCUGCUCUUACCCCUGAAGAAGACACACAUUAACCAGGCCACUGACACCUCCAAUUUACAGAUACCAAAAUAGUCCUGGAAGUACUAAUUACAGGACCCCCAAGUGUUCCUAUCUUCUGCACCCUCAAGAAUCCCCCAGUGCCUUGUAUGAAGCCCACCCAACAUGGCCCACAGCCCCUCUGCUGGCCAGAUUUCCAGAAAAUUCUCUAUUUUUAAAGUGAUGACUUUCCCUUUUGGGGGAACCCAAAAUUACCCCAAAGCCCUAAUUUCCAAGACCCCCAAGCCAUGGGAUCCCCAAAUUCCCAGGGAGUCCUAUAUGUAAAAAUCCAAUCCCAAGCCCCCAGGAAACCCCAAUCAUGGACGUCCUUGUGCCUGGAAUGGAGGAGACUGCAGUCAGGUCAUGCAUCCCAGGCUACCAUGGCACCUUAAGCCCUAUUUAUAGGCACCAGGAGACCCCAAACAGUUAUGCUCAUCCCUGAAAACUAGAGGACUUCAAUGCCCUGAGUCAUGGAUCUCAAGAUGCCAAAUUCCAAGAGUCCCAGCUCCCAAAGAACCCCAAAUCCUAAAGCCUCCAUCUCAUACAUGAAGGGCAUCCCAAGGCCUUGAGGGGAUCCCAAAUCCUAGAGCCCUCAUUUCAAUCCACGUUCUGGUCAUAGGUCCAAAACACCAAAUCUGAGUCACUGACCCUAAAUGACGUCACAGCACCCAGGCCAGACUAGCAGCGUGAGGGAGACCCUGAAGGCCCAGGGAGUCCAGGACGGACCUGGGGGCCUCACUACCAAGGACAGCUCAGACUACCCCUUAACUGCAUGUCCCAGAACUCAGCAUGACCCCUCUGCCCCCUUCAAUAAAGACGUUUCUAUGGC